AUGGUCGAGAAUAGUACGCAGCAAGCUCCGCAUACCGGAAAUGGUGAUAACAACACUACUAAACCAUAUUCGGAGGCGCUCUUCUUAGGCUUUAAUAAUUCAACGCCUGGAUUAGAAGCUGAACACUCAAGCACAUCGCCUGCCCCCGAGAACUCCGAAACACAUAACAGGAAAAGAAAUAGAAUAUCAUUUGUUUGCCAGGCUUGUAGGAAAUCAAAAACCAAGUGUGACAGAGAAAAACCGGAAUGUAGUCGAUGCAUCAAGCAUGGGUUGAAAUGUGUUUAUGAUGUAUCCAAACAACCAGCACCUCGAAUUCCUAGCAAGGAUGCCAUCAUAUCAAGACUGGAAAAGGAUAUGUAUUACUGGAAGGAUAAGGCCAUGAAGCUGCUAACGGAAAGAGAGGUGAAUGAAUCAGGAAAGAGAUCAGCAAGUCCGACCAAAAUAAAUAAAGCCGAUGGGGGAAGUCCCGACACCAAGAAAAUACAUAAAGUAGAGAACAUGUAUGAUAAAAGUGCAUCGGAGAACUCAAACAGUGAUGAAAAUGAUAUCGAAAUCAACUUGUAUAGGAGUCACCCCACCAUGAUUAUGAGUAAAGUCAUGAAAAGAGAAGUUAAGCCAUUGUCGGAGAACUACAUCAUAAUUCAAGACUGCUUCCUGAAGAUCUUGGUUACCUCAGUGUUUCUUGACACUUCUAAGAACACGAUGAUACCGGCACUGACGGCCAACGCGAAUAUUACAAGGGCUCAACCUAGUGUAGCAAAUAAUCUUUUAAAACUGAAGGAAAUGCUGAUCCGACAAUGUCAAACAGAUGAUGAGAAGAACCGUGUUAAUGAAUUUACAGAUAGGAUAUUACAGAACACAAAUUCAAACAGGAAUCUGAAAAUCGGUAUGUUGCUGUCAAUGCUUUACAAUUCCGUUGGUUAUCAAUAUUUAGAAGAUCAUUGCCCUCAAGGUGGUGAAUAUUCGGAUCUAUUAAGAAGCUUGAUCACUGAAUGUGAAGCUAUUUUGCCAUCUUAUGAAAUCAUUGAACGAUACAAAAACCACUUUUAUGAAUACGUUUAUCCAAGUUUACCUUUCAUUGAGUUAGACAUUUUCGAAGAAUCUUUAAGUCAAACAAUUUUUCCCGACACAAAGGAUCCAUCCAAGGUGAAGAUACGUAUGGGAAGCACGCAUCUGAGGGCGAAGGUAGAGAACUUGAGUAUACUUUUGGUCAUCCUAAAACUAUCAUAUAUGUCCAUUAGAUUUUUGGACCAUAAAACAGCAGAUUCAAGUUUUUAUCUUUCGAAGGACUUAAUUGAUAAAUAUCCAAUACCGAAUGACUUUAUUUUGCUGAGUCAAAGAUGUUUGGCGUCAGAAAAUUGGUGUGCAUGCGCUAACGAAAACAUCAUAUCAUGUUUGCUGUAUAUCUGGUCGUUUUUUGCCUUUUCUCCUGAAGAAGGCGAUUUUUUUCUCGAGCAUCCUACCGAUGUUAUUAGCAGUUUAAUAAUGAUGCUUUCCACUUCAAUAGGCCUUCAUAGAGAUCCAUCUGAUUUCCCUCAAUUAAUUUCCCCAUCUACUUCAGAUAAAAGAACGUUAAAUCAUAGAAGAAUACUCUGGUUGAGUAUCGUUACGGUUUGCUCAUUUGAAGCGAGCCUCAAAGGUAGACAUUCAGUCUCACCAAUAUCUCUAAUGGCAUUAUUCUUGAAUAUCAAAGAUCCUGAUUCUCUGACAGUAUAUAUGAACCGGGUUAGGGGUGAUCUAAGCGACCUUGAUAAUCAUAAACUUUUGAGGAUCCAUGAAUUCACAUUUAAGAGAGCCCAGCUGGCGUUACUUUUGUCAGAUUUAGAUAAUUUAACAAUGACUUAUUAUGGUAAUUUUCAUUUACAAUCAAUUGAGUUUAUUAGAGAAAAGAUUGAAAUAUUUGUGGAGGAGAAUUUUCCCAUAGUGCCAUUGAAAAGUGCUACACAGGAUAAAUCGGAUCUUGACGACGCUGAUAUAAUUUCAAGAAUAAACUUAUUAUCUUCAGAGAAUUCUUCUUCAUUUCACAGUCGGAUAAUGAAUAAAUUGUUGAUGCUGAGAACUUCAAUGGCUAUAUUUUUACAUUUCGAGUCACUGAUCACUAAAGACAAAAGUAUAUUUCCAUUCUACAAGAAAUAUUUCAUGAUUAGUUGUAUGGAUGCUUUGUCGUUGAUAAAUUAUUUCAAUAAAUUUUUCAAUGGAGAUUAUCGACACGCAAUUUCCUCUUUGACCAGUUUCAAUGUUACGAAGUUUAUUCAGUUAGCUUUGUCCAGCACAAUUUUCAGCCUCUUAGGGAUUAUUCUAAGAAUAGGCUUAGCCAUCCAUAUGAUAUCUUCUGAAAUACAACAGCUACCAGGGGCAACAGAUUCAAGAGUAAAGGAAUUAAAUGCUAAAGUUGUAAAAUUUAGUACCCUACAAAGAGAUCUGGAGUCUGCUUUAGAAAGUAUUUAUUGCUCUGCUUCAGAGCAUUUAAGAUUCACAUAUUUCCCUGUUUUUAAGAUGUUAGCUUUAUUUGACGUCAUUGUUCAAAGAAUGAGAAAGGGUGAAUUAUGGCACGGCAUAUUUACGAUGAUCCAAAUGGAGCAAAUGCAUUCAAGGAUAAUUAAGACGUUAAGCAUCACUUUAGGCGUCAAAUUAGACAAAAAAGAUCGACUGCUAGAAGAAUUGAUGGCAUGUAAUUACGUUGCGAGUUUCAAUAUUGAAGAUAUCGAUGAGCUGAAUAAGAAUAUCAAGAAAGAAAUUCAAAUUUCCUCAGGAUUGAAGCCCCCUGUAAACACUAUUGCCGUAUUCAACGGUGAAGUAUUUGGGAAGCCGACUCCUACUAGCACUCAGACAUGGAAUUCAUCUCUAGACAAUUUAGAAAAAAUAUCGUCGACUGCUGCACUUGAACAAAAUUUAGACUACCACAGUGGUCUACGGCAGGGUCCGUUACCAAGUGAUGGUUCAAAAGAACAAUCAUCGAUGAUUGGAAUGAAUAGCCUGAACAAUUCAACCAAUGCUACACCUUUUGUCGAAAAUUCGUCUGAAGCACAACUUCCCAACGGGUUUGAUAGAGGUCAAGCAAAUAAUACUUCUUUUCCAGGAUAUUUUGGUGGUUUGGAUUUAUUUGAUUAUGACUUUUUAUUUGGUAAUGAUUUCGCUUGA